GUUUGUACUGGUACUAAAUCCAGGAACACAUGUUAGGUUAACUGCCCGCAAUUUGAGAAACGACGUUAAAACGAGGACAUUGGGGCCUCCGUGGCCGAGUGGUUAAGGUAAAGACUUCAAAUCACUUGCCCCUCAUCGAUGUGGGUUCGAGCCUCACUCGGGGCUUGAAUUCUUCAUGUGAGGAAGCCAUCCCGCUGGCUUACGGAAGGCCGGUAAGCCCGCCCGCUUAGCUCAGUAGGGAGAGCGUUGGUCUUCGGAUCACGAGGUCGCGAGUUCGAUCCCCGGGCUGGGCGUAUGUUCUCCGUGACGAUUUGAUAAAAGACAUUGUGUCUGAAAUCAUUCGUCCUCCACCUCUGAUUCAUGUGGGGAAGUUGGCAGUUACUUGCGGAGAACAGGUUUGUACUGGUACAGAAUCCAGGAACACUGGUUAGGUUAACUGCCCGCCGUUACAUGACUGAAAUACUGUUGAAAAAUGGAGUAAAACCCAAAACAAACAAACAAAAUACGAAAGAUCAGUGGUUCUACCCAGGUGCCCGCCCGUGAUGAAAUAAUGCACGGAGGGGCACCUCGGGUCUUCUCCACCAUCAAAGCUGGAAAGUCGCCAUAUGACCUAUAAUUGUGUCGGUGGGACGUUAAACCCAACAAAAUAAAUAAAUGAAACGAGUACAUGACGGGCGGCGAAUAUAAGUUUAUUAAAUUUGCUUGCUGAUAGAGACGAUGUAUUAAACUGCGAGAUGUCAGUGAGACUGAGAACAGUGAAAAGGGAGAAGAGUAAUGAAAUCGGAUUCUGCUGACUGUAUGUAUUUUAUUUAGAUUACUGCAUGCUAUAUGACCAUUUGUGUCGAUUCGCCGUAAAACCCAACUCAGUCACUCACUCACUACUGCAACAGAUACUGUUUGUAGUAAACCAUGGGACAGAUUAGACAUAAUUAGGUCAUAAUAUUGAUAAAGUUUAAGACGACUAGCUGUUAUCGUAAGUCGUUGUCCGAUCCUAGGUGCUAUUUAUCUACUUCAGUUCACGUAUUUGUGUAAAAAUAGAGUAAGAGGAUACAAAAAUAUUUAACAACGUUUAAAAGCUAAAUCCCAGACCUACGCGAUACUUCAAAGAAAAAAAUAUCUCACUGCCACGUAUAGCGUUAAAAUGGACAACAGAAAAAAAGCUGCAGAAGCGGAUACGGAUGCUGAAGAAUUAAUGUUGGCUAAUAUAUCUACGAAUAAUGAUGACGUUACUGCGAAAACGAUAGAUGUCACAGCAAACCAAGUGUUGAAUAAGAUGACUAAAUUCGCUAUCUUUAGAAAUCUUCUAACCGUUAGUUUCGCAUUUAUGCUUCUUUUCAGUGCUUUUCAUUCCUUUGCAAAUUUGCAAAGUUCAUUGAAUAAAGAGGACGGACUUGGAACUUCAGGGAUGGCUGUAGUGUACGCAGCUAUGGUAUUAACUAGUUUGUUUUUAACUCCUUUUACAAUGGAGCAUUUCUCUUACAAAUGGAUAAUGGUCGUAUCAAUGAGCACAUACAUAAUUUAUGUAUCGACUGGAUUUUAUCCCGCCUGGUCUACCAUCAUUCCUGCUUCACUCAUAUUAGGCAUGGGUGCUGCGCAUCUUUGGCUAGCGGUGCAGGCUUACAUCACUGAUAUUGCUAAACGGUAUGCUUACAUCACCCAGACAAAUGUUCAAGAUAGAGUGUACCUGUUCCUAGGAAUAUUUUAUGCUUUCCUUUAUACAGGCAAUAUCUGGGGUAACCUAAUAUCGUCUUUGGUAUUUCAACGUAAAUCUGUAAACACCACAUCCAAAGAUACGCUUGUCUUGUGUGGAUCAAAUUUUUGUCCAUAUAAAGAGAUGAAUGAUUCCAUUAUAACACCGCCUUCUCGGAGACAGGUGUACAUAUAUACUGGAUUUUGUUCAGGAAUGUGCUCUCUUGCUCUACUUCUUAUGCUAUUGUUUUUGACCGACACAUCCUCUGGUGGGCAGCAAAUCAUCUCUAUAUGUAAAAAGCUUCGCCAAGUUACAGUGCAAAUAUUUACUUCUAGAAACCAGAUGCUGCUAACGUUUGCAACAUUACUAAGUGGUUUAGGAGGCGGCUUCACAGCAGGUGACUUCACUAGUGCCUACAUAAGCUGUCCCUACGGAAUAGAGAAAGUUGGUUUUGUAAUGAUAACUUAUGGUGUAAGCCAGUCAUUGUUCAGUGUAUUAUUUGGAAAGCUUAAUCAAUACACUGGACAUGUCGCUAUCUAUAUUUUUGGUUUUAUAGCCCAGCUGUCAGCUUACAUAACUUUGUUACUAUGGAGUCCAAAAAGUUCUGAAUAUGGAGUUGUCUACGUACUGGCGGCUUUAUUUGGAAUAGGAGGAGCAAUUAACUCGCCUUAGUUUCCGGUAAUAUUUCUAGUUUUCAGUAUUAGGCGUUGUAGCCUGUUAUGCAUUUGUAACCAUGUGAUUAACACCUGUAACCUAUUCUAGAACAGAGGUUUGUAAGCUUUUUAAACUCUGAUUCAAGUUCUCGCUUGUUUUGCGUAAAAAUAAUUAAUAGUAUUUUUUUUGUAUUUUUAGCUCUACAUUUUAAUUGUAAUAUCAUGGAUUUUGAAAGAAACCUGAUCAACCCGACUAGUGAUAUAAGAAAAAAUCUAAUUUUAAUGAAAGAGUGAAAGCACAUUUAAUUCAUGUUUAGUUAUCUCACAUUUGAUUUUACAGAUACGGGUAGAUACAUUUAUUUUAUUCUGUUAGGUUUAACGUCGCACCGACACAAUUACAGAUCAGCUUUGAUGGUGGAGGAAGACCCAGGUGCCCAUCAAUGUAUUGUUUUACGAGCGGGCACCUGGGUAGAACCACUGACCUUCGCGGGAAAAUACAAAUUAACAUAAAUGUAUACCAGUAUAUCAGUACGAUAUUUUUCUAUUUCAGCCCUAUACAAUAUUUACUUCGAAAAAGAUAGAGAUGUGGCAUUAUCAAGUUUUCGUGUUAUAAGUUCAGUAGGAUGGGCUGUUGCCUUUGGUUACAGUAGUUGGUUGUGUACUGUGUAUAAAGUAUAUACGUUAAUAUGUGUCCUGGUCAUAGCACUUGUUACUAUUAUACUGCUAGAUAUAGUGCACAAAAAAGAAAAGAAACGUUAAUUACUAAAUUGAUUGCUUUCAACUAUACUGACCCUAUAUUAAAUGACGUUACAAAGGAACGAUUUUAUCGUCGUCUUGGGUUUAAUCGUCUUAUAUUCACAAAUUCCAUAUUCAAUAAUUUUAUAUCGAUUGUUUUAUUAAUAUAUAUCAAAACACUGACAUAUUAUUUUGUCUUUGCUCAGUUUAUACCGCAAGUUGGCCAUUUUGAUCAAGUCAGUGUUAAUCUAUUGUUCUAUAUGAUUAAUUGUGAAAUCAAACAUUUUGUUUUAUAUUUUCAAAUGACACCCGAAUGAACUGAUAUGACACAAUGUUGUUUUCCUAAUGGUAUCGUUUACCAUUACGAGCGCAUUAAUAAUGCAUGAUGUAGACAUAUUGUUAAAAGGAUCGCUGUAUUAUGUAAGAAAAUAUGAACGAAUUCAACACUAAUCAAGUUCUUCGUUACAUAGACCAGCUGCUUCGGGAAAGUUAAGUUGUCUGUAAGCAUUUAUACACUUACAAGGACGGGCCACCGGAAAUUAUAUGUUAUAUAUAGCUGUAUCAUUAAUUUGUAUGUCUGUGCAAGUAUGCGUGUUUUCAAAUUUAAGAAUUUAGUCAAGCCUGAAUACUCUUCAAGAUUACAAUAUAAAACUUUGUUAAACAAGAGGGUCGUGAUGACCCUGUAUCGCUCACCUGAGUAAUAUGAGCCACAUGUUUCAA